AUGGUCGAGAAAGUCGAGGACCAAGAGCCACACUUAGUUCCAGAGAAAUCGACUUCGGAUGAGAAACAACCGUCGGUGAAGUUAGGACCACUUUCGCCCAAGAAAUCGGAAUCGGACAAGUAUGAAACAGGGCUGCACCGGCUGUUCGCGUCGGAGCUGUUCGACGCCAAUAUCGCCAUCCACUAUUUAUUCAAGUCGAAAGAAGUGGGCAUCCUCCAGUUCCUAGGAAACCGGCUCUUCGACUUGCCGCCCGCCGAGCUCGACUUUUACCUCCCCCAGCUUCUCAUUCUCUAUCUGUACACCGAGGAGGACACCAGAAAGUGCAUCCAUCCGUUUCUCGUCAAAAGAUGCAAAGAAAAUAUCGACUUUGCGCUGAACUGUGCAUUACUUCUGGGCUCCGUGAACGACUCAUUGCCACAAAGCAGAAAAAAACUCGCCGAAAAACUCCGAAACGCAAUCAUCAAGGGCGAAAGUGCAAUAUCUCGCCAGAACUCCUCCUGCUCCGACAUCGGCGCAGCCCAAAUUCAAAACGCCGAAAACAACGAGCAGCUUACUUUCAUCGAAUCGCUCAUCGACAUUGGCAGGCGGCUGGUUUCACAACCUGAUAGGGAGUCGAAGACGCAGCGGCUUGUUUCCGAGCUGAACGAGCUAAACCUGCACCUGCCGCGGCGGGUUUGGAACCCGAUCGCUUCGGAGCUUUCCCACUUCGUGUUGCGCAUCACUCCCGCCGCCGCCGUCGUCCUAAACUCCAAGGACAAGGCGCCCUACUUCGCCUAUCUCGAGGUGCUCCUCACGCCCGACAAAGCAGUCGACAACUUGCCGCAAAAACUUCUCGAGUCCUCGCUGCACGAGGGCUCUUCCCAGUCCCCGCCGGUCAUUCUGGACAGACAGACCUUUUCCGACGAAGAGACGACCGAGGAAGAGCUCGACGAGACGAUCAAACCAGUUUCAGUUCCUAUCGCAACUCACAUUUCUUCAAACGACGCUUCCGACGUUUCCGACCACGACGAGCAGGCCUACUCGCCGCCUUCCCAGAAAGAGGCGCCCCAAUCCGACAACGUCUCUUUAUCCCGCAUUUCCAUUCGCUCCGGCGACUCCGUCCAGUCCUACGACACAGGGCAUACUGUUCUCGCUGCUGACAUUCGACUUCGACUGCAUCAAGAAACUACCGCUUCUAUGGGCGAUCUCAGAAUUGACCCGGAUGAUCCCUCCGCCGCGGCGCUGAAAGAGCCCUUCGCCGAGAAAGAGCGCAAGAUCCGCGAGGCGUCGCCCUAUGGCCACCUCAAGAACUGGAAGCUGCUGCCCAUCAUCGUCAAGUGCGGUGACGACCUGCGCCAAGAGAUGCUCGCCUACCAGCUGAUGACGGCGCUGAAGGCGGCUUGGGACAAAGAAAUGACAAAGAUCUGGAUCAGGCCGUACAAGAUCCUCGUUACUGGGCCCGACUCGGGCAUUUUGGAGCCGAUCGUCAACGCGCCCAGUGUCCACCAGAUCAAGAAGAUGGAGCCUGGCGGACUGCAGGCUUACUUCGUCAAAGAGUUCGGCGCCCCCACUUCCGAAGGCUACAUGACGGCGAUGAACAACUUCGUCCUCUCGUGCGCCGGCUACUCGCUGGUCUGCUACCUGCUCCAAGUCAAGGACAGACAUAACGGCAACAUUCUGCUCGACUCGGAAGGCCACAUCGUUCACAUUGACUUUGGCUUUAUGCUCAAUAGUUACGCGUUCUCAAAUUAA